AUGCCCAGCUUCAAGAUCCGAGGGGAUCCUGUUAGCUACAAGGAGUUCUUGCGAUACUUCCGGCGGAGGAAGAUCAAUGACCCUAUCACCUGGGUCAGUGAACACAAGGACGACAAGUUCGUCCUGAGCGAUGAUGUGGAGCUCGUCACUGCGUCCAAUCUCUCUUCAAAGGACUCAAGCUCAUGCGACGAGGACCCGGUCGAUGUAUUUGGACCCCAUCACGUGGCUCCAUUUCCUUACCAGUACCAUGAGCAGCCACCGGAUACAGACCUUGCCAACCUCGGCGACAUGUAUCAGUGGAGUUCGGAUGGCUGUUGGAACAGCGAUGAGAACGUCGAACAACCACCACACGGGUUCUACUCAGAAGGACCUGUGUCUUUCACCACAUCAGCCUUGGUACACAACGACAACCUCUCCCCAACCUCGGUGCCAAUCUUCAUCAGGUCCAGUGCUUCUGCCCUGUCCGAGCACCUGGAUUACAGCAUAAUGGGUUACAUGAGCUCGUACCUCAUCGCAUCGCAACUCGAAACCCAGCUGGAACCGCCCAUCCACGCCCACACUACCCAUGCAAUCUUUGCAUCCAAGAUGCAGGACGGCAUCUCAGCCUUGGCCAACCUUGCGUUGACUGCACCAUCCGCCAAGGCUGUAUCAAAAAACAAGAAGCGAGAUCCGGAAGCUACCAAAGCCCUGACGAGCUUUCGAAACGGCUUCCAGCUGCUUGAAGAGAUCUUGAUCAACCACAGUCCCAUGUCUCUAGCCUUGGUGUUCGGUGUAAUCUGCGAGUUAGCAAGCCACACGGCCAACCCCAGACUGCAGGCUAUGGGUGUCCACGUCCUUCUAGGCCAGCUGCUUUCUCAUAUCCACGAAAGGUCGGGGGCUCUGAUUGAGCCAGAACACCCGUUGACAACAUUCUUCGGACUUCUGUUGCAAGAGUAUCAACGGCCCAGUGUAAGCACUACACCGCGAUCACCACCCCUCGCUGAUUCUAUUCUUAAAAGCUUGGAAAUGGCCAUCACCCAGCUACAGCUGUCUUCCAGCCAUCUCCCUGGUGCAGCUGCAGAGGAAGCACCAUCAUCGGACUGGAGGGCCCUUUACCUCCGCGAACGCCUCUGCGACGCCCUUUACCACUCUGGCUCGAGCUUUCAAAUCCCGCGCGCGAGCAUGCGCAGGUCACUGCUCCACGAUCAGGAAUUCAAGUACGGCUCGACCGCCAGGAACGUUCUCUGGACGUUGACGAAUGUCGCAGACGAUUGCCUCGCGAGCGGUGACGUAGAUGGGGCGAUCGAACAUUUCGAAGAGACUCUAAGGCGUGCAAAGACGUUGAGCGACGUCUACGGACGCGAAAAGACGAGCUUUGCGGCACUAGAGGGCCUGGGCAGAUGCUACGUUGCAAAAGCCGACAAAGUACCAUUCGAGGAGCGAGUCACGCGGUGGCACCAUCAAGACCAAGCAAAUGUGUCGCAGGACGCGCUACAGUCAGCCUCUGGACAACCGCCCGCGUGCUGCUCAUGCCAUUGUCACGGUGUCUUGUCAUCAGCGACAUCGGCGUCGAGAUCCGUGUCCUCGGGAACCACUACGGACUCGACAGGAACGUCAACGCCAACAACCUUGCCGCGAUCAGCACCAGCCGAGAGCCCCAGGACGCAACAUCUCAAGUCCGCGCUCCAUUACUUCUCGUCCGCCGAGUCCAGGGCAAGGAUGUACUUUGAGGCCUCUAGCCGACGCAUCGCCCGCGUAAGCCUGCGCCGACAAGAAGUCGUGGAAAUGCUGGGCCGCGCGACGCCCCCUUCGACAGACUCGGACUCGAACUCGGGGACUGGCUCGGGAGGAGAUUUGGAGGACGAGUUUCCUGAUAUCGCUACGAACACAAAUCCGAGUCUUCCGGAACAGGAUGGCGGCAGCAACAGCGGUGGCGGCGGCGGCGGCGGGCAGUUCCCCUAUGGGUUCAUGCUCAACAUGGGAUAUCACUUCGGCAGCAUUGGCGGCACAGGCUGCACUCCAACCCCGGACAUGGCGAGCUGA